CUCUACUUAUAAAUACAACUAGUUAAUGAGCUUGUAGUGUAUCUCCUGCAACUUACAAGAAAAGAAAGAAAAAAUGGUUCAUCCAGUAUUUGAAGAUCUUGAUAUUGUAAUUGUUGGUGGGGGCAUUUGUGGCCUUGCCACUGCCCUUGCUCUUCAUAGGAAGGGUAUGAAGAGUGUGGUGUUGGAGAAAUCAGAAGUAUUAAGAGCAUCAGGGGGUGCCAUUGCAAUUCAGCCUAAUGGGUGGAGAGCUUUGGAUGAACUUGGUGUUGCUUCAAAGCUCAGGACUAAUGGCAUCCUCCUUGAAAGGAUACAUGAAAUAUAUCUCAAUGGCGGCAAGCCAAAAGACAAAUUUGUCGACUACUCGAACAUUGGGGAAACUCGUUGGGUAAAAAGAAGUGAUCUAAUUGAAUCUCUAGCUCAAGAUCUCCCUCUUGGCACAGUGCGAGUUGGAUGCCAAAUUUGCUCUGUGAAAAUAGACGCAAACACUUCUUUCCCCACUCUUCAAUUGAAUGAUGGCACUAUAAUUAGAGCCAAGAUGUUGAUUGGAUGUGACGGAGCCAACUCUGUGGUUGCUGAUUUUCUUGAGUUGAAUCCCAAGAAGCUUCACCCUUCAAGUGGAGUGAGAGGAUUUACAUAUUUUCCAAAUGGCCAUGGAUUUGCCCCUGAGUUACUCCGAACCAUUAGAGAUAAAACUAUGGCUGGGGUAGCUCCGGUCAAUGAUAAUCUGCUUUUCUGGUUCGUAAAUCACCAAUACAAUUAUCAGGAUUCAAAGAUGCUCGAAGAUCCAAAGAAGAUCAAACAAAUGGUUCUAGAGACCAUCAAGGGUUACCCUCAAAAAACAACAGAUGUGAUACAAAACUGUGACAUUUCCUCCCUAUCAUUCAACCGUUUGAGAUAUCGUGCCCCAUGGGACAUAUUGCUAGGCCAGUAUCGGAGAGGAACUGUGACGGUGGCCGGAGAUUCGAUGCAUGCAAUGACUCCGUUCGUUGGCCAGGGUGGGUCCGCCAGCAUAGAAGAUGCAGUUGUGUUGGCUAGAUGCAUGGCAAGAAAAUUUCCAGCCAAUUAUAAUAAUGAUCAUAAAGAUUUCAAAAGUAAGAAGAUGAUUGAAGAAGCAAUUGAUGAAUAUGUGAAUGAGAGGAGAAUGAGACUCGUUAAAUUGGCUUUACAAUCUUAUCUUUUGGGUACAUUAGUGGAUACUCCUUACUUGCUUGUGAAGUUGAUAAUGUUGGUGCUUUUGAGUGCCUUUUUUAGGGACAGAUAUGCUCAUGUUCGGUAUAAUUGUGGUAAUCUCUGAGGACUCGUUGCUUCAAGAGCCAGCUAGCUAGCAUAGCUUCAAUGGUUGCACUUUAUAAUAAUUAUUUGUAAUAAAUCACAAACGUUGGUUACAACGUUGUGAAGAUAUUGAUAUCUUUUUUGUAACUUCAUAUAUUGAUUAUAAUAUUGUGAAGAUACUAGCUGGUUGCAUUUUUGUAA